AUGUGGAAAAUUGUUUUUUGUCUGUGCUUUGUAGUACGGAUAUCAAAGGGACAAAUUGUAGAUUAUACUGCAGUGGUUCCGAAUGUACCAAAUCCAGUGACAAAAGGUGCUGUUACUCCAACCAGUAUUGAAAUAUCAUGGCCUGUUCAAACCCCAGCUGUUGAACAAACAACAUAUGAAGUCACAUACACAGAUGGCACCACGUCUAAAUCAGUAGAUAUAGCAACAUCAUCAUUGACCCUUACUGGAUUGACACCAAACACAGAAUACACCAUAACGGUGGUAGAAACAACAAAUGUCGGUAGCGCUGCGGCAACUGAUGCAUUAGUUAUCCGAACUGCAGAAGACAAACCAACUGCUGUUAGAAAUUUGACAGCUUCUUUUGAAACUUCAAAUUAUACAGUAACAGUAGCAUGGGAAAUACCACAACCUACUAAAGGAGAUAUCACAAAAUACAAUGUAAAAUGGACUGCCAGAUCUGAGUCUGGUGGUAGUGACACAACCGUGACGACAUUUCCAAUCACAGCAACACAGUCUCUUACUGAUUAUGUCAUCAGUGUGACGGCAUUCACAAGCGCUGGUGAAGGUCCAGUAGACCAAGUCACAGUUACCACACCAAAAUUAGUUCCUGAAGUGCCUCAAGACGUCGCAAUAAGUAGUAUCACCAGUUCAACAGCAGUUGCAAAAAUCACACCUCCGAACAAUACUCAAAUUGCUGUCACCCAAUAUAUUAUAACAGUGAGUCAAGAAAUCGAUGACUGCAAUUCAUUUAAUGACGCAAGUUGCAAUGAGAACGACCAGCAAACAUUUGCAGCUACAGCUGACAACAGAUACACAUUAACUGGCCUCCAAGCCUACAGAAAAUACGUCGUUUCUGUGGUCGCCGUAUCUCUCGGUGGAAGAGGUGAAUCAUCCUCGAAUUUGACGUUUAAUACAGCCACUGGACCUCCAAACCCUAUCUUUAAUGUAUUGACUGUAUCACUACCUGGAGAAAUUGUUGUGACCUUCAACGCCGGAACCCCGAUUACUGGACCCACAGCUUAUGGAGUAGUCUUGACUGCGCCAGAUGGAACCAGCAUCACUUCGUCGGUUCAAGCAUCUGUAUCGACGUCGAUAUCUAUAACGGUUCCAGGUGUUGAGGACAAUACUGUUUAUGCUCUUACUAUUACAUCAAAUGUUGACCGAGUUGGUCCAUAUCUAUUACCACCAGGAACAACCGUUACAUCAGUACCUUCAAGUCCGUUAUUCACCGUCGCACGUGAUAGUGAUGUUCAGCUUACACUGGCAAUACAAGCUGUAGAUGGAGCAACAUCUUACUUGGUUUCAUAUAUACAGGCCAAUUGUCCCAACUGCACCGCUCAGACUGCAACGUCUACUGACACAACUGUAGUUCUGAGUGAACUCACAGCAUAUACAACAUACAGAAUAUCUGUAUUUGCUGUCUCCGCAGCUGGAACGAGUUCGGGAUCUACCUUAUCACAGCAAACAAGGGCAGGAACUCCUACUCUCAGAGAUCAAAACUACAGAAUAUCUUUUACAAAUACGAGCGAUACAGAGACGUACCCUCCCUAUUACACUGUCACAGUUAACAACGUAUGUGAAGAAAAGCAUGUUGUAUUCAAUGAAGAUACUGGAGUAAUCACAAAAAUGAUUUAUAUAGUUACUCAAGAUGGAUCAACAGUCAGCAUUGAUUUAUCAAGAUUUUGGGCAACUUCUUCCCAAGAAGAUGUUUCUUCCCCUUAUGUUACCCUUACCGUUCCAUGCGAAAAUAACAGUAAUCGAAAAAGGCGUGCUGUUGUCAACAAUGGUGUAGUUAUUGGUGCUGACAAUACUUGCCAAACGGGUACGAAUACAGAAUGUAAUGGACCAUUGAAACCAGACACAGCUUACACUAUACGAGUAUGUGGUGCGAAUGAAGAAAACAAUUCAGUUUGUACUAAACCGAGUGUAAUUGUAAAAACUGAUUCUGAGCCUCCAUCACGUGGAGCAGGUGAAAUAGCUGCGAUUGUGCUUAUCUCCAUCUCAUUACUCAUUAUCAUCAUUCUUAUUAUUGUAUAUUGCGGGGAAAGAAGGCGGUCUUAUUUUGGAAAACAUAGAGUAUCCAGACGUGGAAAACAAAAUCCAACAUUUGAAAGUACGAAGAGUCAACAGAAAUGCCAGGUGGAUCCAGCAGAAAGCCUCAGACACAAUAAGCAGUUGCGUAACAAGCAAAAGAAUGGCGGUCUGAAUACAGCUAUAAUACUAAUCUACAAGCGAUAGAAAUUUCAAACAUAACCUUUUUUUAUAAAUUUACUCCAACUAUAAUAUGAAUUAUGACAACUAAUUUAUUUCUAGUGGAAAUUAAGAAAUUAUUUCAUAUAUCGUAAUAGCAUAUUCUCCAACAUGAAUGAACCUGCCAAAUUAUAGAAUAUACAGUAACAAAGUCAAUAAUAUUGAAUAGAAAUAUAGCUAAUCCCAAAUGGAAAUUUUACUUGUCCGUGUUUUCAUAAUGCACAUGAUAAAACGAUCCUUUGUUCACAUCUUCCACUAUUCAAUAAUUAUGAUAAAUGUCCAAGCCAUUUUGCUGUUUUUUUUAUUAAAAAAUAAUCAAUUUUGUAGAAUAUUCCUGCAAUUAAACUACAUCUAAAUAG